AUGUCUCAUACCAAUUUGUUGGUACAACCUACCAAGAGACCAGAAGGCCAAACUUAUGCUGAUUGUGAAUCAGUGAAUGAAUGCAUGGAAGGAGAUUGUAAAAUGUAUGAAGAGCACCUGAAGAGAAUGAACCCCAACAGUCCUUUCAUCACAAAUGACAUCAGUCAGUUGUUUGAUUUCAUUGAUGAUCUGGCAGAUCUAAACUGCCUUAUGUGCCUAGCGGAAACUCAGACAGAUCAACCCUACAACAAAUAUUGGAUCAAAGAGAAGAUCAGUGUCCUUCUCUGUUGUCAGGCCCAACAAGCUAGCAAAUAA